GUCGUGUCUAUGUAUAUUGAUAUCAGUGAGAGUUUCAUAGUGUGACUGGCUAUAUCUUCUAUAAAGAUAAUAAAGAUCAAAAUGGAAAAUGAUUUUCUUGUUUCAAAAUGAAGAAUGUGGUUUUCCUGGUUUGACCAAAACAAAGAUGGGAGAGUUUGUUCUGAAGACUUAGAGACUUCUAGGAAUAAAUUUGCCAACCUUCAUCAUUUAAAUGCGCAGCGGAAGAAGGUUGCUAUGGACACGUUCUCUGCAUGGUGGACUGAGUAUCUAAUGUGGGGAAAGUCUGAAAUCACGGAAGCCGAGUUUAUUGAGUGUCAAAGAAGGGCAUUUGAGAUCGAUAAAGAAGAAUUUGGAAGACGAAUGCUUAAAAACGAGGAAAUAGUAUGUAAUUUGAUGGAUACGGAUGGUGAUGGAAUGAUUACAGAGGAAGAUCAUAUUAUCAUGUUUAAAUCGACUGAACAUAACGACGAGGCUGUUGACCGGAAAUGGUUCGAUGCCUAUAGUCCUGUUGAUGGGAAAGUUCCGGUGAAAACAGUGGUUGAUUUUUGGACACAACUUCUUACAUGCGACGAUGACACUAAACCAGAUGCGCUUGUGAAACUGUUUAAGGCUGGCAUUUAAUCGCUUUCAGAGACUCUAUAGUAGUUUCAUAUAAACAUUGUGAUUACAAUGAACCUUUUAUAGCUGAAUGAAGUCUAAAGUUGAAAUAGAUCGCAGUAUAUUAAUCGGUAUAUAAACCGUUAACAUGCUAAUUUUGAAGAAUAUUCUAUAGAGGUAUAUUUAGAAAUCUAAAAAAGCCUUCCGAUGUAAUCGCUGUAUAAUAAAGAGCAUAACGUGUACACAAAAA